GCAGUCUGCCGGAGACAGACAGAGCGCCGCAGCCUCCUCCCCCAGACAUGUCUGCUUAGACCCCAGCAGCCCCCAGCAGCAGCCAGCCCCAGCCAGCCCGCCGGCUCCCAGCUAUGACAGGAGUAUUUGACAGAAGGGUCCCCAACAUCAGAUCCGGCGACUUCCAGGCUCCUUUCCAGACGGCCGCAGCCAUGCACCACCCGUCCCAGGAAUCUCCCACUUUACCCGAGUCCUCGGCUACGGAUUCCGACUACUACAGCCCGGCGGGGGGAGCCCCCCACGGCUACUGCUCGCCUACCUCGGCUUCCUAUGGCAAAGCUCUCAACCCUUACCAGUACCAGUACCAUGGCAUGAAUGGAUCUGCUGGGAACUAUCCUCCCAAAGCCUACGCAGACUACAGCUACGCCAGCCCCUACCACCAGUACAGCGGGGCUUACAACCGCGUACAGAGCUCCUCCAGCCAGCCAGAGAAAGAGGUGGCGGAGCCCGAGGUGAGGAUGGUGAACGGCAAACCAAAGAAAGUGCGCAAACCCCGCACUAUUUAUUCCAGCUUCCAGCUGGCCGCCUUGCAGAGGAGGUUCCAGAAGACCCAGUACCUCGCCCUGCCCGAGCGGGCCGAGCUGGCCGCCUCCCUGGGGCUCACGCAGACACAGGUGAAAAUUUGGUUUCAGAAUAAAAGAUCCAAGAUCAAGAAGAUCAUGAAGAACGGGGAGAUGCCCCCGGAGCACAGCCCCAGCUCCAGCGACCCCAUGGCCUGCAACUCUCCACAGUCGCCUGCGGUUUGGGAACCUCAGGGCUCAUCCCGCUCCCUCAGCCACCAUGCCCACGCACACGCUCACCCUCCAAACUCCAACCCGUCCCCUGCAUCCAGCUACCUGGAGAGCUCCGCUUCCUGGUACCCCGCUGCCAACUCCAUCAACUCCCACCUCCAACCCCACGGCUCCCUACAGCACCCGUUAGCGCUGGCCUCUGGGACAAUUUAUUAGAGCCUGACCCUUAUUAUUUUAUUUUUUUAAGUGGUUUUUUU